AGCAGAUAAUACAGGCAAGAAACAGAGAGCGAUACAGCCGUAGGAAGAAAACGCCAAGGACAAUGGCUCUACCAUCUUCUUCUUCUCCUCCUGCUCCUCCUCUCAGCGUGUCAACGCAGAUAAAGAAAGAUUCUUUUCGCUCACAUUCUUUUAAGCUUUCUUCUCUGCAGAAUGGAAACAAUACCAAUGAUAAUAAUGUAGCCUCUUUCAAUCAGAAUCCGUCUAGAAGACUUGCUCUCCUAAAACUCGGUGCCGCUAUCCCUGAGUCCCACUUGUUGGGUGUAAAAGCAUCUAAAUUGUUAAGCGGAGAUGUACAUAUGAUGAAACCUAGCACCUCUCCAAAAAUGGCACCAGUGAACACUGCGGUUGCUGAGGAAAAUGCAUUAGAGUGGGUUAACAAGGACAAAAGAAGAAUGCUUCAUGUUGUUUAUCGAGUUGGUGACUUGGAGAAGACAAUAAAAUUUUAUACUGAAUGCUUGGGGAUGAAACUGCUAAGAAAACGUGACAUACCAGAGGAGAGAUAUACAAAUGCGUUUCUUGGAUAUGGACCUGAAGAUUCUCAUUUCACUGUUGAACUUACUUAUAAUUAUGGAGUUGACAAGUACAACAUUGGAACUGGAUUUGGCCAUUUUGGCAUUGCAGUUGAGGAUGUUGCCAAGACAGUAAAUCUUGUGAAAGCAAAGGGGGGCAAAGUUACUAGAGAACCUGGUCUUGUUAAAGGUGGGAGUAUUAUGACUGCUUUUGUUGAAGAUCCAGAUGGUUAUAAAUUUGAGCUUUUGGAGAGGGGGCUUACACCUGAGCCUCUAUGCCAAGUAAUGCUUAGAGUGGGUGAUCUUGAUCGCGCUGUAAAUUUCUACAAGAAGGCCUUUGGCAUGCAGCUUCUUCAAAGAAGAGAGAACCCAGAAUCAGAGUAUGCAAUAGCCAUAAUGGGGUAUGGUCCAGAAGAUAAAAAUGCCGUGCUGGAGCUGACAUAUAAUUAUGGGAUCACAGAAUAUGACAAAGGAAAUGGUUAUACACAGAUUGCAGUAGGCAUAGAUGAUGUCUAUAAGAGUGCCAAAGCGAUUGAACUCUGUGGAGGAAGCAUUAUUCGUGAACCUGGACCUUUACCAGGGAUUAAUACCAAGAUUACUGCAUGCUUGGACCCUGAUGGUUGGAAAUCGGUCUUGGUUGAUAAUGUCGAUUUUCUCAGGGAACUGGAAUGAUCAAGUCUCAAUCCAUGGGAAGAUUCAUAACAGUUUUGUCUCUUUGGAAUUUGCCUUUUAGGAAAUAGGCAUUUUUGUCGCAAGAAAUAGCCCUUUGCUAGAAUUUGCCCAUGGCCAAUCUCAUUCAAUAGGCCCUUCCUUCCUUCAGCUUUGUAUAUGACAAACAAUAGUUAAAAGUGCGUUUACAUUUUCAAUUUCAAGAAAGUACGAGAUAUGCAUUUCUUUUUAA